UAUGGAUAUAAUAACGCCAAAGUGCUGAAGCAGAACAUGACGCUGAACCUGGCCGACCCAUCCAGCAACCUGAAGCCGCACCUGAGGAACAAGAACGCGGACAUCCUCACUUCCCCCGACGUGGGGCUCCUGAAACUGGCCUCACCGGAGCUGGAGCGGCUCAUCAUCCAGUCCAGCAACGGGUUGAUCACCACCACGCCGACCCCGACGCAGUUCCUCUGCCCCAAAAACGUUACCGACGAGCAAGAGGGGUUCGCGGAAGGCUUCGUGAGAGCGCUGGCGGAACUGCACAACCAGAACACCAUGCCCAGCGUGACCUCCGCCGCUCAGCCGGUGAACAGCGGCAUGGCACCUGUGUCCUCCAUGGCCGGCAACAGCAGUUUCAACACGAAUUUGCACAGCGAGCCCCCGGUGUAUGCUAAUCUCAGCAACUUCAACCCCAACGCGCUCAACUCGGCACCUAACUACAACGCCAACAGCAUGGGCUACGCACCUCAGCACCACAUAAACCCCCAGAUGCCCGUGCAGCAUCCCAGGCUUCAGGCUUUGAAAGAAGAGCCUCAGACUGUACCUGAAAUGCCAGGGGAAACUCCUCCCCUGUCCCCUAUUGACAUGGAGUCACAGGAGAGAAUCAAAGCCGAGAGAAAACGCAUGAGAAACAGAAUUGCGGCAUCCAAAUGCCGGAAAAGGAAGUUGGAAAGGAUUGCCAGGUUGGAAGAAAAAGUGAAAACUUUGAAAGCCCAGAACUCAGAGCUGGCAUCCACUGCCAACAUGCUCAGAGAACAGGUUGCACAGCUUAAGCAGAAGGUCAUGAACCAUGUUAACAGCGGGUGCCAGCUCAUGCUAACACAACAGUUGCAAACGUUUUGAAGAGACUGUCUUAAAUGAGAACUGUGAUAUUGUGGUAUAACUAAAACAACCAAAAGUGGCAGAUGCAUAAAGCUAAUGGCAAAAGCUGUAAGGCUGAGUCCUGCCUGUGCUCUGCAAAGCGCAUGUGUGGAAAGACUGGCGAGCCUUCAGCUUGAGCUAGUGGAAGCAGCCAGCACCAUGCCGAGAAGUGCUGUUCCUGCUCAGAUGAGAUGUCAGAUCUUCGUUUAACAUUGACCAAGACCUGCAUGGACCUAACAUUCGACGAUCAUUCAGUAUUAAAGGUUAAACUGCAAUAGAAAACUGUAGAUUGCUUUAUGUAGUAUUACUUAAGAAAAAAAAAACAAACUGGGAGGGAGGUUUGUGGGAGGCUGAUUAAACACAAAAAGAACUAUUCUGCCUGCCUUCAAGUAAAUUGUGUAUGUACAUAUCUUUUUUUAUUUUAUUUUAUGAAAGUUGAUUAAUGUCAAUAAACUACUUCAUGACUUUGUAAGUUAUUUUUAUGUUGUUUAUUUGGGCACUGCCCAGUAUUGUUUGUAAAUAAGAGGCUUUUUUUUAGCACUCUGAGUUUACCAUUUGUAAUAAAGUAUAAUUUUUUAAUGUUUCUGUUUCUGGAAAAAUUCUAGAAGGUUAUAUUUAAGAAAAAUAAAGUAAUUAAAAUGCA